GGUUCAAACUAGAUUUUCAUUAGUAUAAACUCUUGCAUUAAAUUUACUCACUAUAUUAUUUCGCUCUUUUUAUUGGAUAUAAACUUUUCCUUUGUUGUUAAUUGUUUAUUUAUACUAUUGCAAAGUGUUUUCUUUACAUUUUUGAAUUUGAUAUUACGUUGAAAUUAGAUAUUACGUAAAAGCUACUUGGAAUUUUUUGAUUGCCUUUUUGAGUUAAAGUUACUUUUGAAGUUGAUAGUAAUGAACUUUUCCGCCGUUAUAGUAUGUCUCGGGAAUUAAGGGAAAGUAAGAACGUUAACUAUAAACAAUUGCAUUGUGUGGGAAUGUCUAGCCCUAAUGUUACGGAGGAUGUGUUCAGUUUGGAGAAGGAGAUGACUCCAGUGAAGUCAAGAAGACUACAGAAAGUGGAGGAAAUUGAGUCGGAGGUCGACAGCAAUGACAGUGGUGAAAGUAGCGAGGAAGAUGAGGAGUUGCAGAGGUUAAAGAAGGAGUUGGCGAAAGUAAAGCGGAAAAAGAAGGAACAAAAGUCGCAGGAGAAGAAAGAAAAGAUCAGGAAGGAAAUAGAGAAGGAGAAAAAAGAGAUAAAGAAGAAAACGGAGAAACAAAAAGGGAAUUUCUUUGAAAAAAGGGCGACCAUUGUGUCAGCGUCUAUACCUAAAUAUGUUAGUGGAAUAGAUGGGUGUACAACUCAGGCCUUUCCUGGUGCCACUAUUGGUCGUCUUACUGAGUUAAUUUCAUCUGGGAAAGUAGAUUUAAUUUCAUUAGAUUUCGUUAUAGUUCAUGUUGGUACUAAUAAUAUUUCUUCGUCUCAAUCCGUAGAUACUAUUAUAUCAUAUUUCGGAGAUUUAAUUCACAAGUUAAAAAAGAUGACAUUUGCUAAGUUGAUCUUUACUUCUAUUCUUCCUAGACCAGUUGAUCACAUGAAAACUGGAGCUAAAGUUAAUAAAGUUAAUACUGAGUUAAAAAGAUUGUGUAAAAGAAAUAAUUUAUUAUAUUGUAAUUUGUAUAGGAGUUUCUUACUCGACAAUAUUCCAGAUGCUUCCUUAUUUGCUCCGAGAGAUGGGCUUCAUUUAAAUUUUGCUGGUACAGAACUUUUCAGAAAAAAGAUAAUCAAUAUUAUUAAGCAUCAGAGUAUAUAAGUUGUAAUGUGUUACAACUGUGUUUUUUUAUUUACUUCAUACAUGUA